AUGAGGAAUGGUGGAGUUACACCGUUGAACAUCGACACCUCCACCUUGUUCGGCAUGGAUGAAGACGAUAGUGAGGAAGACGAUGUGAAGGACGCCAAGACAGAAGGUCCAUUGAAGAAAGGUUCAGGGAACUUGGAAGAAACUCCCAAGAAAGUGAGCACAAAGGUGGAAAAGAGCGGCCUGGGUAUUAGACCAACGAAAGGAAAAGUGGAGAAAACUGAAAAGAAGCAAAAUAUAUCAGUCAAUGCGAGGAAAGGAGCGAUCUCGAAAGUGAAAGUUGGCCUCAGUCGAGAAAAGUACGACUCCUCAACCACAAAGAGCGAAAUCUCGACCACCAAAAAGCCACCUACCACUAAAGCGCGGCCAACUGCGACUACUAGAAAAGAGUUCGUACCUGUGGGAGAUGGGAAAAUAAUCCAAGAGGCAGAAGACGUCGGCGAGAAGAAGUUGCCUUCACUCGCUCUACCCACUGAUCCAAACCGAGAACUACCACCUUCCUCUACUACCAAAUGGGUCUUACCACAUUCUUCAACUACUAACUGGCCCUUACCAUCUUCUUCAACUAUCCCAUCUAGUAGCGAAUGGACCUCCACAGACCCUGAUGUUCUCCUAGAGGAAUCUCAAGACGCUACUGCGAUUCCUGAUGUUCUCUCGGAGGAGACGCAGAAGCCUGUCGAUGACGUGCACUCGCGUGAGGUCAGUACGGCUCGAGAUGUCUCCCUGGAGGAGGUGCUUCGUCACUCAAAGGAGCCCACACAGACAACGGCUGAAGAUGAUAUUCAGCCUCACAAGAUUACUACGGACCCGGACGUCUCCUUGGAGGAAAUUCCAAGCAUGAUGAUCAGGAUGAGCCAUGGCAUUCGUCAAACUCAAGAAGAAGUCAGACGACAAUCAAACCCAGGAGACCAAAGAUUGGCAUUGAAAAGUCCUUACGAUGAUGAAGAUAUCAACGACGACAAUGCAGUCGACAUGGAUUCAGUGCUUCCCGUAGAGGACUCCGCUAAUCAUCCGUCAAGGAACACCUCCAUCGUGCUUGACUCGGCAAAGGAAGCGGCAGAUCGGGAGACUCUAGUGCUCAUCUACAGUCUUUUACUGGCCAUCUCUGUCUUCACUUUGAUGUGCAUACUGAUAUGCUUUGUGUGGUGCAGAAAAACUGGCCAUGCCACAAUCACAAAACCAAUGUAUUAG